AAGAACAAUUCUGAAUUGUAUCGACAAUUUUUUUUUUCUUCUUAAAAAUCACAUCCCAGUCAAAGUCUUAUAAAUCACAUCUAACCAAUAGUUGUGAAAAUAUUUCUCAAUUGGUCAGUUUCGUCAUUGAAACUGGUCUAUAUUGAAAAAAAAAAGAAUAACGAAAAAACGUGAAAUAAAAACGAAACAAUUGUGUGCUUGUUAACCGAAUUGAACUGAAUUCGUAAUUCUUGAAAGAGAGUUGAAAUUGAUUGUGUCAUUGAAUAGUUGUAUUUUUCAGAAUGAAAAUGCGAAAACCGAUCGUAAAUGAAUGCUGCUGCAAUUUCAAGUUGAACCCCGGAGGAUAUAUUCUGGGAUGGUCUGUGGUGGUAGUGUUUACAGUAUGUUUAUUCUUGUCAAUUUCGGUAAUGGUCGAAAAAUAUCCGGAUUGGUAUCAAAUUCUCAAUCUUAUUUAUAUCAGCAUUGGAUUAAUGGUAUUCAUUCUCUGGCUGAUCGGAAUUUAUCGUGAGAGAGUAUUGCUAAUGAAACCAGCAAUCUUUUGGGCGAUAUUUAGCGUUUUCUUUGGAUUGACCAAAUUGGGCUUGUCCAUUGCUGGUUAUGACGAUCCCGUUUUCCGUAUAAUAAAUCAUCCUUGCGGCGAAAAUGAACAAAUUUGUACUUAUAUCAUAAGUAUCAGCAACGCUCUUAUUCUCACUGGUUUUAGUGUAUAUUUGACCGUCGUGAUGUAUUCCGUAUUCGUUUUAAUCAAUACAAAUAAUCGAUUCAAAUUACAAAUUUCACCGAGCCGUCCAUGAGAAUGAUGAAGUUUUUUUUUAAAUGUUUGAAUUCAGAAAGAUACGAAUAAAACCAUU